AAUUUCAGUUGAAGUUUUGCUCUCCACCGAUUCGCAUCGUUUGCCAUCUCCACUGGAGCUCAUUCAUUCGUUGUUCAAAAGUCAUCCGAGUGCAUUUGCAUUGUCGCCUGUUUCCAGUUUGUCGUCCAUAAUAAAAAGGGAUAUUCAACAUUUAAAAACAACAACAACAAUAGUAUAUUUUUUUUUGAACAUUUAUUGUUGUAAUUACACGGCAGAAAUUUAUUUCGAAGGGUUAACAGCCAGACUGACGACAGCAAUUUUUUUUAGCAAUUUUUUGCUGAAUUUGUAAUUUUGUUUAAUUUCGAGAGCUCUACGUGUGCACUGCAAUUUCAACAACAACAAUGACCAAUAUCAGGAAAGCUGCUUCGUCUCUGCAAAAGCUCUUCGUUUGCGGUGCCUUGAAAUAUGGCCAACCCGGUCACUCCAUUCUCGCCAAUUCGGGCAAUGGCUAUGCGAAAUUCUGGUGCCGCGCCACAACCACCGAGAAACUGCCGCUGGUGAUAGCCACUCGUUAUAACAUUCCGUUUCUGCUGAACAAGCCUGGUGUUGGCAACUAUGUAUUAGGUGAGAUUUAUGAGGUGGACGACAAGAUGCUGAGAUCGCUGGAUAACUUGGAGGAUUGCCAGGAUGUAUUCACACGGGAGGUGCAUGACAUGAACAUCGGUGUUGGUGAAGGCACUGUGCCCUGUUGGGUAUAUUUACUGCAAAAGUAUCCCGAGAAGCUGCUCUCCCUGCAAUAUUUGGCAAGUUAUGAAAACAGCGCCGCUCACCCCUACGUUAUGCGUAAUCGUCGUACACACAAGCAUCCACCUCAGGAGGAUCUUGCCUACACUGCUGCCUAAACUCUGUUGUACCCUAUAGAAUAGUGGUAGCCAUUGACCUAUUUACUGCUAAGAAAUAGAUAAUUGGUCAACUGUGUGAUUAGCAUUUACUUACUGUGAACUUGUAUUGAAUGGAAGGCUUGCACUGUUUCCUCGGUUUCAAUUUUGAAGAAAGCGGAAAUCCAGCAAAGCAGCGCAGCUUAUAAUAAUUCCAAUGUCGAUAUUAGCUGAACUAUUGUAGACUUUAAAUGUAGCCAUAUAACAUAUACAUAUAUACUUUUAUGUUUAAUCAAUGCCUGGUCUUUAUAAUAUGGCCUAAAACCUAAAAUCAAUUUUACCACGGAUUGUUUGAGCAAGCAUAAUAAUGUCAAUUAAUGCGUAUUAUAAAGCAGUAAUUUUAAGAAUAUUUUGUUAAUAAAACAUUUGAUAAGAAAUAUUUGAAA